UCAUUAUUUCAGAUUAUUUUCUAGUCAUACUUGAGUUUAUAGCUUAAAGUUCGCAAGUAAGCAGGAGACAUCAUGGGUUGCUGGCUGAGCCGCACGGCGGCGGAUGUCAUCGCUGGGGAUCAGCCGUGCGUGACCGCUAAGAAGGUCUACUCCUGGGAUAAGCGCGAGAAGAAGGAUCCAGCUAAAUACACCAUCGAGAAAAUGGUGGGGGUCGAGGUGGGACGGAUGCCUGGCAUGAUAGCAGGCGAGCAGUUCGUGGUGCGCGAGUGUAGUCAUUGCUGCAUCUUUCUUCUGGACCACCUGAACACCAUCACCGUGGACGACUGCUCCGACUGUACCAUCAUCAUCGGACCCACGUCAGGCAGCGUGUUUAUCCGGGACUGCAAGAGCUGCGUGGUGGUGGCAGCGUGUGGUCAGUUCAGGACCCGAGACUGCCAGGAGCUACAGCUCCGGCUGCUGUGCAACACGCAGCCUAUCAUAGAGGCCAGCACGCGAGUCCGCUUCUCCUGCUACCAACUCUACUACGAACAACUGCAAGACCAGUUUCGGCGCUCUGGUUUGAGUGUGUUCAACAACAACUGGAGUGAAGUUCACGACUUCACUCCAGGCACAGACGGCGACAAGAACUGGAGUGUCGUGAUGCCGUCUGUUCUCCCUGAUCUCAAGCUGCCGUCGCAAUCUCCGUUUGAUUGCGUUGGCAUUGAGUGCAGUCGGACGACAAGCGUGGUGCCCUUCACGAUGGGCAGCGUGAGUCCCCCCAGCUACAGGAUGCUGGGGGACGAGCCGCUCCUCGUCAUAAUAUACCACUGCCCUCAGCAGGGCGCCAUCGUCAAGGGUGUCGUCAGGGUCUUACAAGAAGCUGCUGGGCUGAGUGCUGUGUUGUACACCCGUGAGGUGACCAUCUCCCCCACUGAGGCUGUGCGGGUGCUGGGUGAGGCGGCUGCUGGGGACGCUGGGGCGCUGCUCACAGCGGGGCCCGUGGUGGCGCUCCUCGUCGACGCGCCCUACCACCACAUCCAGCAGUCCGUCUCUGCAGUCAGGAGGGACCUUUACUUCUUGUCCCCUAACAACGGCAACGGCUACAACAUUGCCAACAAGUUCUUCUCGUUUGCCUCGCUGUCCAUGUCCGUUUAGAUCUUCUUAGUCCACUCGUCUAGAGGACAUUCCUUAUCGACUUCACCGUUUGUUAUUGAGUUUUAUUCAGCAUCCGAGUUUUAUGGCACAAAAUUAUGCGUUCAGUAAUAUAUGCUAUGGUGGUUUUCUAGUAUAUGAGAAAGUAUUUCUUCUUCAUUUCUGUUAAUUGAUUAGACACUGAAGUUUGUCAGAAGUUUAAUAUUGUUCCAUUAAAAGUCAAUGAAUUCCUAAUGCUGCCAUUCUUCUACGUAGCAAAAUGUUUCAUCCGUCCACAUCUAAUUAUGCGAUCUGUGAUAGAUUUAGCCCUAAUUGUUAAUGCAAGUUUAGUGUCAAUUGUGCAUCCCGUUGCGGUGAUGAAUUUCUUGAUAACCUGGGAUUAUUUUGCCUUGCUUCUCCUAUGGUGUUGACCAAGCAGCAAAGGAACGCUUAAUACCUUAGAGCAAUAAAUGGUUACAAUGUUUCGAUCAAAGAUAUAAAUAAGUUGUCACUGGCUAUUCAUUUCGUUGUUUUAAGCAUUCAAGUCUGAGCAUUUAUAACUCAAAUUAUGUAUUGUACGACAAGCUAAAGUUAAUAAAUGAAGUACAACUUAGAUUCACCGAAA